GAUUUUAGCAAGCUCUUGCGUCGUCUUCUUUCACUCCAUUGCUUCUUUUCCACGCCACAAUGAACAUAAUCUUACCCACGGCUUCGCCUACGAUCGCUCACUUCUCUCUCGUCGCCGCUUCUCUAUCCUGCUUCCCUCACCUCCGACAAUUCUCCACCGUCUUUCCCCCUAAAUCGAACCUCCUUUCAUCAUCCCUUUCCUCGCCCUUGAGCCGAUUCCCAACGUCGAUGAAUUGGCUGGGGAAGCUAGGUUGGUUAGGGUUCGGAAAUCGGGCGGGGCUCUCAUCUAUGGACACGUCAUCGGCGGCGAUUGCUCAGGGUCUGGACGACGACGUGCCAGCGCCGGGGCAGCAGUUUGCACAGUUCGGCGCCGGAUGCUUCUGGGGCGUCGAGCUCGCUUUCCAGAGGGUUCCGGGCGUUACUAACACGGAGGUCGGUUACAGUCAGGGGCUGGCGCAUAAUCCGACUUACGAAGAUGUGUGCACAGGGACGACGAACCACGCCGAGGUCGUGCGAGUGCAGUACGACCCCAAUUCAUGCCGUUAUGAGGAUCUGCUUGAUGUUUUCUGGGCACGCCACGAUCCUACUACGCUCAAUCGCCAGGGUAAUGACGUGGGGACUCAAUAUCGUUCUGGGAUAUACUACUACACCCCGGAGCAGGAAAAUGCUGCCAAGGAAUCUUUAGACAGGCACCAGACGACAUUGGGCAGGAAGAUUGUCACAGAGAUUCUUCCUGCAAAGAAAUUUUACAGGGCAGAGGAAUACCAUCAACAGUACCUUGAAAAAGGAGGCCGCUUUGGUUUCCAGCAAUCUGCCUCAAAAGGCUGCAAUGAUCCCAUUCGCUGUUAUGGCUGACGUUUUUUAUAAUAAAGAUGUUCCUAUGGUAUCAAAAGCUUGUUCCUUAAACUAUUCGACCUUUUAAAUAGGCGUCUUUUAUUUUGUUCAGUAAUUCCUUCAUAAAUUUAGCUUCUAAAUGUUUGCUUUUAUGCAAGGCUUGUGCAUUCCUGUAUUUUGCUGAUGUAUAUAUCAUGUCUGAUUUGUAGUGAAGGAGACUAAUGCUGUUAUGGUUGAUGCUUGUUUUAUAGAUGCUCAUACAGUAUUCAAACUCUU